AUAAUAAUAAUGAUAUUAUCAAGAGGCUUAUUCAAGUUGCCACUAAAACAAGUCUAAUAUUUUGGUAGAAGAAAGGAUUACUAUGCAAUUUUGGGAAUCUCAAAGACUGCCACUGAAGAAUAAAUCAGAGAAGCCUACGCAAAGAAAGCGCAAAAGUACAAGUUAACACAAUAUUAGACUCUAUCCAAAUGUCACCACAUCAGUGGCUAUAAACGAUGCAUCUGCCCAAUAGGAGUUCUAGGAUGUGGCUGAAGCCUUUGCAGUACUAUCACAAAUACAAAGCAGAAAUGCCUACGAUCUUUUGAAUAAAGAAUAACCAGACUUAUUGUAUGGUGCAGAAAUGGAAAGAUACAAAUAAUCAUUCUAAAGAAAUGAUGAUGGUACAUACAAAAGGCCAGGAUAAGUGGCAUCAGAUUAUGCGAAAGAGAAGCAAGAAUAUUUGAAAAAAGAGAGAUCAGUUUUUAAUGUGGAUGAUUUGGGCAGAUACAAAGGAGGUAAAAUAUAGUGUAAUCAUCAAAGGUGUGCCAAGACCAAACAAAGGGUAUGUUAGAGGAAAUGCUCUUAUGGGUGUUGGCUAAUACCAUAGACCAUUAUAUCACAAUAUGAAGCAAAAUCCAUUUGAAACAGAGCAUCGUAUCACUUCUGAGGAUGCUUAAUAUUUCAGAGUUUGGUCUACUGAAGAGAGGACAUUUAAAGAAUGGUCCUAUUUGCAUUAAAAUGCCGUAGUCGACUACGAAUACUUAAAAGUAUGAUAGUCUUACUAUUAUUAAGUUUAAUGAUUACAGAAUCUUUUAUAGAUGGGUAAGGAAUUUCUUCUUGGUGUUUUUGGCAUUCCCUUACUUCUUCUAAUCAUUAUUCAGAGGUCACUUGAGAGAAAUUAUAGACGAGAUUAACGAGGAGAUGGCUGAAGGACUGCCUAUAGUGGGAAGAUAAUUUGGCAAUUUACAGGUUGUUGUAGGCAAAACAGGAACACUAAAAUUGUAGGAUGUACAUGGAGGACAUCAUCAUCAUUGAUUUAUGAAAUAAAAAGAAUAAAAUACAUAAUGAUCACAAAUCCG